CCUGUUUUUGGACAAUCGUCUGCUCAUGGUCGGCAAGUAAUCUCGAUCGGUAGCGGUGAUCAAAUAAUUGCAAAUAGUAGCAUUAGAUUAGAUGUACAUCGUUGUAAUGAAGUUAUAAACUGAGGUUAUGACUAUUCAUGUUAACUAAAGAAGCAAUCGACUAUGCAAAAUAUAAGACAGAUUAAUGUAUUGAGGAAAAUACACUACUCUUCAUGGCUACGGCACCAGAUGUAUGUGGGUUUUGCUUUAAAGAACCCGUAUUUGGAUUCUGUAAAAACUGUAAUAUUUCGCUAGGUGUGAGUUGCUUUUCAAAUCAUACUAAGAUAACUAUAUUUGCUGGCCAUAUUGUGUUUGCAUUGAAUAACUCAGAGAACAAGCCAUAUUUAACAUUACCCAUAGAAAAUGACAAAAAGGAAAAUGACAUAGACGAACAUAAAUGCCAAAAGCACGAAACAGAACCACAGUCGUUUUAUUGUGGAAGGCAUGACGCAACCAUAUGUGGUCGAUGUAUACAGGCUGACCACGUGACUUGUAAAGAUGCAAUCGUUGAUCUACAUAAAACACGGUUUGAUAAACAAAAGGCUGAUGCACUUUUGGCCACUUUGAACGAAAUUGAAUGCGAAAUAAUUGACCUUCAGGUCCGUGUAGACGGAAACGCUGAACUGAAUGACGAGUGUAGAGCGUCAUCUAUUAACGCAAUUAAAGAAUAUCGAACGAAAAUUGAUCUCAGACUUAACCAGUUACAGUUCGAUGCAGAACAAUCCACAGAGAAGAAACACAAAGAAAAUAUGGACACCCUUGUUGAAGUUAAACAAAUGUGCAAAGACGUUUCUCUUCGAAUUCAAAUCUUUGGCAAAAAAAUUGAGGAGUUAUGGAAGAAAAAACAGGAACGGCAUUUGUUUGUAUAUUCUAAAAAACUGGCCAUUGCAAUAGAUGAAAUAAGAACAGCUAUUAAGCAGUCGAACUUCAAAAACCAUAUAACACAAUUCACAUUUAAAGAACAUCCAACAUUGGAAAAUAUACUUCUGAAAACAAUUCUCGAAAUCGGAACACUUCAGGAGGCUUGUGAUGGAAGCGAAGAAAUAGUUGACGAUACACAUGAUACAUUUACGGGGACUCCUGUACCUGCAGCUAAAAGAUGUGCGGGAGAAAUAACACAACCGAAGAAUGUUGCGUCCGGCAAUCAGCCUCCUGGAAAGAUGACUAUCGUCCGCAAAGCAGAAAUAGGGCCGCUUACAUAUUUACACAUAACGUAUGUUUUUUUGGAUGGACAGCAACCGAAUGGCAAAAGGUAUAAAGGUUGUACUGAGAAAGUGGGUCUCUCUGACUCGGUCGAAGGAAGAAACAUUUGCAGAAUGCUUAAAGUGGCCUUUCGAAGGAAAUUGCUGUUUACCAUUAACAGUGAAGGCGCCAUUGUAUAUAACGGUAUAGAUCCUCCGAGCUCACAUUUGACAGGGUAUGGAAUUGACAGAAACAAUUAUUACGGAAUAACCGCUCAGUUGGAAGCUAAGGGCAUCACAACAGAGGGCAUUGAUACUAAUGAUAAAUUGACGGAAACGGUGACUGUGGACUAGUUAGAUAGAACCACGUGAAUAAUGUCCGUUUAAAAAAAAAACAUGAAGAAUAUUUUAAAAAGCAAACAACGAAUAUACUUUUAUGUAAAUAAAAUAAAAUUUGAAAAGUGGGAAAAUAUUGACCUAAACUAUUCGAGGAAACAGAACCAGUAAACAAAUCAAUGAAAUGAAGUGGGACUCCUUUGCUGGUUUUGACUCUUAAUGAUUUAUUAUAGGGAACACUGAUAUCAGUUUUUCGCUUGACUAAUCAACGAAUAGUUAUUAAUACACUUCUCCUCCAUUUGUCGACCUCACCAUCUGAGCAAUUCUAUUGUUAAGUUUUGCCUGCAACUUCACAUUUCAAAUGUUCCUAACAAAGUAUUCAAUUGAAACUUCACAUAUGUGCUCGUGAUCAUUUUUAAGGUCACUUUGGCAGUUCAAUAACUAUGACUUUAAUUGUAUGCGAGUUCUUUGCAAUUGAAAAUGAAUACGGGUUAAUGCAUAGCUAUUAUAUGUAUUGAAAUAAACCUGAUAUAUGUAUGCUGGGUUUUUAUAACCAGUCACUAAAUUAAAGGCCUAUGACGAGCCUAUUUGCAGGAUUGUUCCCUCUAUGCAACUUUUAGAAAAUCAGGUAACAGUUUGCGUGCAAAUAGGAAUGCAGGUUUGGGCUUUUGUGUAGAAAGUACAUAUAUAUGUCACUACUGAAGAUAUUUAUUUGAAACUUCACAAGUAUCUGCGGGGUCAUCAUGCGAUAUAAAGAAGAUAAAUUCCAGCUGUUAGAGCAGUAUUGCAUGCUCAUUAUAUACAAUUUGUUGAUUCUUGUUUUAAGGCAAGUCACCAAGUACAAAGACAGUACAAAAAGCACAAUAAUAAGGAACAAUAUACACACAUCGAUGAAUUAAGCUUGGGUCACCGCCAUAUUAAAGGUAUACUCCACUUCUGAUUUAGGAACAUGAAUUACAUUAGCCAUUUAGCAGGAUUAUGUAAAUUUUUUGUACCAAAACGAAACAGGUUAAAGUUUGCUUGAAACAAGUAAAUAUCGAUGUAACUACAACAGAUAUUCAAUUGAAUCUUCACACGUAUUUCGUUAUCAUAUUUCGAACUGAAAUAAGCUUAUAACUGACAUGCAUUUAACAAAAUUAUGUAAGUGCUUCAUGAAUAUAAGUUACCAAUCAACAGCAUUUAAGAAAUACUAUAAUUAUUCAUGUGUAACAGUCAGUUUUUUAUAGUGAUAAAUUGUUUUUUUUUCUACGGGAGAUUGUUAGAAAACAUAUAUAAAUGUUAUUUAAUAAGUGGUAACAAUAAACCCAUAUUUGUCUUGAAGUAUACUUUAGAACAAACAUCACAAUGAAUAUAUUCUUAUGUAUUUCAUGGGGAUACUUUUGAAGAUAUUAACUUCAGCAGCUUAAGGGUCAGUUAUCUAGUUUACAGGAUGUUUUUAUUGAUAACAUGUCUUCUCUGUUUAAUUUGCUUUGUAAAAGGUUUGUGAUAUAUAUUCCAAACAUAAUUGUGUUUCGUUGUAUAUGAUACUAUUUGUUUUUGCCGAAUACAUAUUGGUCUUUUUUUUUUUAACACAUCAUUUAUAUCUAUAUAUGCCUAUACUCAUAUAGCAGUUGUUUGUUUUGCAAUUAGCUUGUUUGUACCAAUUCAAUAAUGUUUAUCUCUACUCAAUGACAAAUGGUAAUGACUAUUUUCUUAUUCUUCAAUUUAUUAAAGAGUUUCGUACAUGUAUAUAAUUAUAUGUUAAAACUUUUAUUUUUCAAAUAAACAGAAUAAAAACAUGUA